AUGAUCUCGGAUCUCGUACCGGGAGCGGGGUCCCGCGCAUCGGAUCUCGGUGCAUUCUAUUGCCACGGCGUCAAUGACAACAAGUACGACGACAGAUUCAAGAUCUACGAGGAGGCUGUCAGAGGGCGGGACGAAGUCGUCCGGCCCAUGCCACUGGAAAAAUACGAUCCCUUCUCGGACGACUCUUUCACAAUAACUUAUAGCCUCCGAGAUGAGGAUGGCUUCUAUAAGACGAUCGAGGAGGAAUUUGGGAUACCUCGGGACUACGUUGCUUUUGAUAACAUUGCCGAAGACGACCAUUGCAUUGGUAAAGCACCACCACCAGGUAGCGGACCUCGCCCGAUAUCCGAUCCCUCAAUAGAGAGCAGACAAUGCAUGCAGUUCCGAAGAGAACGAAAGGGCUACCCCAUCACCAAGGAGGACGCCAAGGUUAUUAACCCUAAAGAGAUUAUUCAAUCCUCUUUGGGGAACCUCGAUGAACUCUACUUCGAGGUUAUACUUUGUUCAAUCGAAAUCUCUCUCGGCAUCUGGGAAGGCGACCCUAACGAGCUGGUUGAGGCAACGUCAUUAAGCGUCUUCCUAGCUGUGCAAUCCGUCGACUCGAUGGAACAAGUACAACAGAUAGGCCAAGAGGUUGAAGACGCUGAGAGGGAACAGAAGAGAAAGAACAUUAUCCUCGGCGUUGUGAUGGCCGUUCUCUUUAUCAUACCCAUCGUUGGCGAGGGUGCUUUUGCCUUAGGUUGGACGACUGCCACCAUUGCGCGGAUCGCCACCUCGAUCGGCCUCGCAGGAGAUGUAGCGCUCUCUGUGAUAGAUGUCAUCGAUGACCCCUCUUCGCUUCUGCUGACGGCACUAUUGAUGAUGGUGCCUGGGCUUCCGGGGUCCAUCAAGCGCAGCGACUCGGCGGUCAAGGACGUCAUCAAGAGCAAACGGCAAUUUGGAGAUGCCAAUCUUCACCGCCUUGGAGAAGUUUUUAAGAAAAAUGAUACAAUUGUGAAUCUUUUCCGUCUCGCCGAGAAAGUAACUGGAGAGCGAGUGGAAAAACGCGCCGCUGAAGAAUCGUUGAAGAAUCUGAUGGAUCAUGGAGGCGCUGCGUCUUCGCCUGGCGAACAGGACGAUGAGACAGCAUUACUCGAAGCAGAUGAAAACGCUGAUGCAGAGUCCUCGCCUGGACGCGGGGGGGACGGCGCUCGCUCCCCUUCCAUCCCAGCGGCUCUGCCAGUUUUUACCACGAUGCAUCGAGUGAGGGGCCUCGUCAUUGCUAGCAUAGAUGAUCCCUACACUUUGGAUCAAUUAACCAGCCCCAGGAUAAAUACACUAAUUGUGCGACCGUUGGCUGAUCGAUUGUACGAUCUCGACGACAUCUCCCUCGUCUACUGCCUGCUCGCCAACCGAGUUCAGUUCCUCUCAGAACAAUCCAGCCCGAUCCAUCGAAGUGUCAACGUCUCCCGAGCCACGUUGUGCGAAUUAGUGGGCGCCCGAAUCUUGCGGCGAUGCCAUGAAGACAGUCCUGGAGGUCUGCUCCACCUCGCCAAGAUGCUCGUUCAGGGAUUCGACCCGUUUCAAGGCGCACCCGCAGACGUCGAGCGAAACGGCCGCCAGCUUCAGUGGCCGAUUCAAGAGCGCGGCGGGCACGAGAGGAAGUUCACGGCUCUGGAACUAGCCAUUCUCUCCGACAGCAAGACGUUUAUUAGCUCGUCUGCCUGUCAGAGAGUGGUCGACGCUGUGUAUCGCGGGCAGGUAGUGUAUACUGCCUUGUCCUUCGUCGACAUUAUACCGGAUCAUUACAAGCACCACCCCGUCUCUAUCUACGAUCCCCGGAAGGCGCCUCUUCUGAACCACUAUCGACUCGUCGUCCCCCGCUAUCGAAACCUAAUCGAACUCGUUCAAUUCUUGAUUCUUGUGGGCCUCUACAUUUUUACAAUGCUCCAUCGCCAUAGCGAUAAUCUAGCCCUCUUCGAGUUCAUAUUCGUCAUUUACGCUACCGGAUGGGUCUUACACGAGGUCGCUGCUAUCAUCGAACACGGCUGGGCAGUGCACGCACAAAAUCUGUCAUCGUUCCUGGAUUCGAGCUUCAUUGCAAUCUUCGUUGCAUACGCCGCCGCUCGGGUCGCCGACCUCUCAGUCAGCCGCGUUCAUGACGGACACGCAUUAAGCAUCCUGUGCAUCGCGGCGCCAAUCUUGCUGACCAGACUCGCGUUCCACAUCAUGCCCGACAACAUCGUCUUCAUCUCGCUCCACAUUCUGAUGAAAAACUUCCUACUACUGACCAUCCUCGCUGUUUGGUGCUUCAUAGGCUUCUUUUUGGCCCUGCAGUGGUUGUACCCGAGCGACGCCAGCACUAGUGGCACGGCGCCAGGGUGGCCCACGAUCUGCAAAUGGCUUCUUUGGAUCUGGUUUAGCCUCGACGGGACUGGGAUUGAGGAGUCGGUCCAGUUCCACGUCGUCCUAGGCCCAGCACUCAUGGUUGCCUUCGCCUUUCUGGGUAACACGCUCUUCUUGACCGUCCUGGUAGCGAUGCUCACCUACACCUUCUCCAAGAUCGUGGCCGACGAGACAGCUGAGAUCAAUUUCCGCCGCGCCGUCCUCACCUUUGAGGGAGUCAAGAGCGAUGCCGUCUUCUCCUACCCCCCGCCCUUUAACCUCCUCGCCCUCGCCCUCCUCCUGCCGUUAAAGUUCGUAGUCUCGCCGCGAAUUUUUCACUCCGUCCACGUAGCGGCUGUUCGUGUCGUCAAUGCGCCAACCCUCCUGCUCAUCAGCCUUUUUGAGCGGCGCAGCGUCUGGGCCAAAUUGACUUCGGCAGUGAAAAAGUCUGUUUUUAACUGGCAGUUCACGGGAUUCUCGCCGCACGGCGAUAUCCAGGCCGUGUUUAGGGCGGCGGCACCCCCUGAGAUACAGGAAGAGAUUGAUGAGCUUGAUGGAAUGAGCGACGCGGGCUUUCUGGACAACGAUGCGAUGUCUAGGUCAUCGACGGAGAUGAGGAGGCAGGCGCCAGUGUUUAGAUUGGGAAAAGCAGGACUGCGGGGGAGGAACAGGAGUCCGGGAGAGGAUUAG